UUGUAGUUAUGGGCUUUCAAAGUGGGGCUGGUGAAUGAGGAUGUCUUCUUCCAAAAGAAAAACGCCGUCGCUAUAUUUGCAUCUCUCAGCUGGUAUAGAUCUCACUCUCUCGAGUCUAAAGACGAUAAGAGCGUGAUGGGAAGUUCCGUCCAACGCUUUCCAGUACCCUUCAAGAACCUUUCGCUAGAUAUCAAGGGGAACAAAACAGACAUAGUCAUUUGCAGUUAUGAUGACCAUAUUUUUGUGAUUGCUACCCAAAUAGGAACAAUGGGGACGAUACUGCAUGCCAGGAAGGAGGAAGGGGUGUCGAUUCAUCCCACUUUCAGUGUAUCUGUAAUAUUUGGCAAACGAGAUGAGGGAAUGCUAGUGGCAUGUGCUCGACAACUGAUUGAACACAUAAGUAGCUCAGGUUCCUCCAGGCCAUUGGUGCUGUCUAUUGGUCUUAAAGACCAUUCCAUGGAGACACUUAAAGGAAUUGUUUCUGCCGUAGUUGAAAAUCGAAUGUGGUAACAAAUUACCCUUGGAUUUCAACCUCAGCAUUUCCACCUACCGAUUUGUUUUGAGAUUUUUCAUGGAUACAAUCUUGGAGCAUUUAUGGAGGCUUAUUAAUUAUCAUACAAAAUCAUUCUUGACCAAAGCAUUCCCUUUUCGUCUCCUCGCUAUUUUAUUUCUUUCUUUUGAGUCAGAAACAUAAAUCUUGUAGAUGCUUCCUUAUUUUUAAGAAAAUAUUAUCCCUACUGAAACACCUAUGCAUAAGCAUCUCUGCUUUUAAGAAAUAGCAGAGGCAAAAUAUUUAGGAUGUAAAUCAUAAAUGAAUUUAUAAUGGUUGAUUUGUACAUAUUUCACAACUGAAAAA